CUUCAUGACGAAAGCAAUGUUUACUACUGCAAAGUAAGGAGCCCAAAUAAAGGCAUCUUGGAAGGAAACAAAGACAACUGAUACUAUUUAGCGAUAAGCUUGCGAAAAACACAAGACAGUCGUGAACGAAAUAUAGUGAGAAUCGGAUCGUACAUUKGAACGAUGAGGAUGAGGAAACGGGCAGCAGUCGUCUUAUUGCUCAGUGCUCUGCCUCAUCUGUUAGCUGAUGAACCGGCUUCAUCUCUCCUAUCAAACAACGAUGUUCAUAGUGGCAUUCUCGUCGAUCCGAUAGACCAGCUGGAUGACGAGAACACGGAACAUUCCGCCAUUGACACGACUGCAAGCGGGGAGUUUUCUCGGCAGGACAAACCAACACAACAAAAGGAGCCUCAAUCACGACUCCAAACAGAGCAAGACRACGAAAAAAAAUCGCUGGACCAUGAAGAAAGUCAACUUCAAGGUGAUGGUGAGGACUAUGAGGAAGUAGAAACGAUAAUAAUAACUCCUGGAAACGAAUAUUCAUCCUCUCCGACUACCAGUGAUGCAGACAACGAUGYCGUUUCAACGGUUAGCGAUAGUACUGUCAGAAGUCCCGAAACAGGAAUGGAUGCUGUAGAUGAGCAGCAUAUGCCACAACAGUAUGAAAAGGAGGAGGGAAGCGCAGAUAUCGAGAAUGGGGAGAGCGCUACCGAAGCCGUMCACGAAGACGGCUUUCGUCUUCCAGCCUUGUCGAAGAGAAUCGUAAUAAAUGUUGACGAUAGUAAUGAUCUCACGGAAGAUGAUGGUGAUGAUCUCACGGAAGAUGAUGGUGAUGAUGGAUCCAACAAGCAAGAAACCGACGUUGGAAUGGCGACGUCCAUGGCCACCGAACGAAAAAAAGAUUCACAUGACGGUUCGUCACCAGAAAAAGACAAGGAAAGCCCGUUCGAUGACGAUGGUGACRACGACGCGAAUUUCGUCAAUGAUAACGACGAUGAGCAAGAUAAAAAUAAUGAAGAGCAAAAUGAGGAUGAAAAUGAGGAAGAUGAAGAAGAUGAAAUUGAAUUUUUAGAUACAGCGCAAGAUGUGAUAAUAGAACAACAAGAAGCAACAAUUGGUACAACUAGCACAGACUCACCAGAGGUGGACGACGAAGUGGUAGACAUGGUCGAAAGUGGAAAAAUGGCCAUAGGGACCACAAGUACUGACACAUCAACCGAUGUCGACUCAACAGAUGACGACUCAACAGAUGACGAUAUCAGAAUCGAUMUCUCUAUUCUGGACGAUGACAUGGAGACAAACACAACAAGCGAUGAAUCGGCAGACCACGCAAAACAGGAUACUACAACGGAUGCGGAAGCAGAUUCUAAAAGUGAUGAGAUCAUACAAGUUGAUGCUGAUGAAUCAUCUAGCGCAGAUGGGGACAGUGAAGAGAUCAAAGAUUCGGARAAWGCAGAAUACAUUCAGUCAAAURCAACAGAAGACAAAAAUACGGAGGGCGAUGGAGACGUUUUUGAAGAAUCUACCGAUGGAAAAGAAAAAUUAGGCAGUGAGGAAUCAGAAGUCAAAGAAGAAGUAGAAGACGAAGAUGAAGAUGAAGAUUUGUCAGAGCGAGUCUCAUUGGACUACGCUAGCAAAUCUGCAGGCGCUUUGAUUAUCGAAAAGACGCCAGAAUUCAAGGGAACUUCCAACCUGAUCACUGGAGAUCGUGACAGAUACGCAAUUGUGCCAUGCAGCGAGGAGAAAAAAUACGUUGUAUUGAGUCUGUCCGAAGACAUCCUGGUGAAAGAAAUCAAGCUAGCUAACUACGAGCGCUUUUCGUCAACAGUAAAGGACUUCCAGGUCAAGGGAAGUCACGAUCUUGUGAAAUGGGUCGAUUUGGGUACAUACCAAGCAGAAUCUKCCAAGGGAGAGCAAACAUUCGUAGUGAAAGAUCCAACGUGGGCGAGAUACCUCAAAUUUAAGCUUUUGACGUACCAUGGAUUUGAACACUAUUUAACACUCAGCCAAAUCAAAGUCCAUGGAAGCAAUAUGGUACAGGGCUUCCACGAACAAUGGGAAAGYAUUGAGGAAAACAACGAUGAACAAGGCGACGACCGUAUAGCUGACUACGGUACCGAAAAAUCAACCGAGGCUACAGAAGACGAGGUAAAUGAUACGAAUAAGGAAGGUGUGAAAGAAAAAGCCAUAGUCGAUGAUGGCAAAGCUUCGAAUUCKUCAGYUUCWUCUUGCAACGAUUCUGAUUCCGAAGGGUCUGCAGAAACAGGCGAUCCUGACGCAUUCGAGAAAGUCAAUUCAAAUUCGCACAAUGAUCCCUCAGCUUCUUUUACUGUAACGUCACAAAUGGGACUUCCUCUAGCUAAAUUUCGAACGCCCAAGACAUUUUCCGAAAUACUCCAAAGCGAAAUGGAGGAAGAAAAGCUGUUCUCCGAUCUGUACGACYUCAUCCCCCAUACCAUGGACACCCUUCCAGCRCACUCCAAAAACGACAUUGGUAGCAACUCUGAAGAGGGUGAAUUGAGAACCGUUCACCAACUCAGUCAAUUGGCCAUCGACUCGAUAUAUUCCAUUGGAUCGAGGAUCGGUGAUGAUAUUGCWKUACUAGUAAYGGAGGACGAGAAGUCCAGCGCCAUUUCCUCUCCGAAAAUGAAUGGCUACUUUGACGAAUCCUCGUAUCUUCAAAAGAAAUUCGGAAGUGGGAUUUCUUCCGUUGUGAACUUGAAYCCAAGUACUCAUACCGACAAUGCGUCGGCUACAACUGAGUCGUCACGGAGUGAUGCUAGCAAAGUGCGAAACGAAGACAACGACAGUCCAGCAGAGACAGCCACYGARGCGCAGCAACAGGUAGAUGUUGGGGAAGCGACCGGGAAUCCUAGAAAGGGCGAAGACGCUACUCCACCCGCCGAAAAAGAAAKCGUCGAGGACACCAAUGAUCCCAUGAACCAGGCGAUCGCAAAGCUGCUCAAAGAUCUCCCCAGUGCGGAAUGCCUCGCCAACCUCGACUUUGCGGAAUUCAAGAGCAAGGUUUCGGCCGCGCGCAAAUCUACGAACGCCGCCGGUAGCUCGCCAGGAGGAAGAAUGAUGGAACCGAUCUUCAAAAAACUCACCGACGAGAUUUUUGCGUUGCAAACCAGUCUGUCCGUGCAAGACCAGUUCGCGAAGAUGUCCGUGAGUUGUUACAAGCGCGUCGUAGUAGACCUGGCCAUGGAGAUGGAAAAACAACGGCGAGACCAGGAGGAUCGUCUACUGCGGCUMGAAGAGCAAAUACUGGAGCCCGCAAGCAUGAGAAUGUUCAACAAAYUCGUCAUCUCUUUGGUUUCUACAUUGGCGACUUGGGGUAUUCUCAUGGCAUCGCAAGUGAUAGUGACCAUGAAAGAUCACUUUGUUCCGUGGAUUCUGCGACUUGCUUUGACGGACGAUCAUUACCAGACACUCGCACGUGCUUCCGGUCUGGUACGUGACCAAUCCAGUAGAGUGAUUGGAUAUCUGUCGACGUCCGCGGAAUCGCAAGCAUGGGCCGAGAAGCUAGUCCAGAGGGCCCGUGGGCGGUUCCAAAACUUGCUUUCGAUGCUCGGCCAGCGCGCAGCGGUGCAGCGUUUUCUCUCGGCCUGGUCCUCGUUUUACGACGGUGGAAUAGCGCUGAUCGGCGUGGUGCUCGURCUCGUUGUGUGCCACAAGCUGCUGCGCUGUGCAUCGAUCGUCGCCUCCUAUCGACAACCAAAGGAGAARCCCGCUCCGGUUCCGACCAAAAAGAAGUCGGAUCCUCCCUCGUCGCAAAACCUCACCACCGGCUACACACCGGAGAACGCAGAAGAUCCAACGGGGGGCUGCAGCCUAGAGACCCGUURCGACGAGGAUGUCUCGCCCGAAAUCCUGCUUGCCGGCUGCGGCGAGACGCCGAGCACCAGCGAGUGCGACGCUUCCGCGGCCGCGUCGAAGAGGAAGAAACGAAAAAAGCGCAAACCCAAGAAACGGUCGAGCGGGCAGAACGACCCGCCCCCCACCGUCGUCGACGAUCUCUCGACGAAGAGCUCCGAGGAAGGGGUCCCGGAGCUGGACGACGAGAAAGACCACGGCGUGCCGGGGGGUACACGGCCCGGCAACCGGCAUUAUGCAAAUAGUCCUUCCGUCGUUUCGCUAGACGACUAAAAGAAGGAAAAAACGAACGCUACAAUUUUUUAGAACCAAACCAAACCAAACGAAACGAAAACAAUCCGAUCUCGCAAAAUCUCGCUACGCACCGCGAACCGGAAUUUUUCAGCACCCUACAAUGUACUAUUUCAAUUAAACUGCAUAACUUUCA